AGCUAGCGUAGUCCGCUACCCGACCAGCCGACGUCGUAAGGGGAACUACAUUUCCCAGUAGGUAACGGGACUCGCUAUGUUUUCCCGCGCUCCUCUGGGCCUGCGGAGGCUCGCGCCCUGGGCGCUAUAGCAACGGUAGCUAGCUGAGGGCGAGCGCAGAGAUAGACCAUGUCUGGCCCAAGUGAUGAGACAGCAGGAGACCUGCCGGUGAAAGAUAUAGGUCUAAACCUCUUUGGAGUUGCAGAGUUACAAGAAACCUCAACCACACGAACAAUGAAGACACGCCAGGCAGUGUCACGUGUCAGCCGUGAGGAACUGGAAGACAGAUUUUUGCGUUUGCAUGAUGAGAACAUUUUACUUAAACAGCAUGCCCGCAAGCAAGAGGAUAAAAUUAAAAGAAUGGCCACCAAGUUAAUACGGCUAGUUAAUGACAAGAAAAGAUAUGAGCGGGUUGGUGGCGGCCCCAAGCGGCUGGGACGAGAUGUGGAAAUGGAAGAAAUGAUUGAGCAGCUGCAAGAAAAAGUUCAUGAGCUUGAAAGACAAAAUGAAGUUCUCAAGAACAGACUAAUAGCAGCCAAACAGCAACUCCAAGUCCAGGGGCCCAGGCAGACUGCAUACAGCCGUGUGCAGUCCCGCAUUAACAGUGGCCGCAGGAAAGCAAGCGCAAGUACAGGCUUGCAGGAAGGCCCCGGGAAAGGGAUAAGAUUCCAAAAUGUAGAUGAAGCAGAAACUGUUCAACCCAUGCUCACAAAAUAUGGCAGUAGUUUACUUGAAGAAGCCAGAGGAGAAAUAAGAAAUUUAGAAAAUGUUAUUCAGUCACAGAGAGGCCAGAUAGAAGAACUAGAGCACUUGACAGAGAUCCUAAAAACUCAGUUGAGGAGAAAAGAAAAUGAAAUUGAGUUAUCUCUUCUUCAGCUUCGAGAACAGCAAGCUACAGAUCAGAGGUCAAAUAUUCGGGACAAUGUAGAAAUGAUUAAGCUUCAUAAACAACUAGUGGAGAAAAGCAAUGCUCUUUCAGUCAUAGAAGGAAAAUUUAUUCAGCUUCAAGAGAAGCAAAGAACACUCAGGAUCAGCCAUGAUGCCUUGAUGGCAAAUGGAGAUGAGCUGAACGUGCAGCUGAAGGAACAGCGCUUAAAGUGUCGCAGCCUUGAGAAGCAGCUGCACUCGGUGAAGUUUGCAGAGCGCAGAGUGGAGGAGCUGCAGGAUAGAAUUAAUGAUUUAGAAAAGGAGCGAGAACUUUUAAAGGAAAACUAUGAUAAACUUUAUAACAGUGCCUUCAGCGCUGCCCAUGAGGAACAGUGGAAGUUAAAGGAGCAACAGAUGAAAAUGCAGAUUGCUCAGCUCGAAAGUGCCUUAAAAUCUGAUCUUACAGACAAAACCGAAGUCCUUGACAAAUUAAAGACUGAAAGAGACCAAAAUGAGAAGCUUGUGCAAGAGAAUAGAGAACUGCAGCUGCAGUGUCUGCAGCAGAAGCAGCAGCUGGACGAGCUUAAAAACCGCACCAAGUUUUUCAACCAGGAGAGUGAUAUUAAUGCUGAUGACCUGAGCGAAGCACUCCUUCUUAUAAAGGCUCAGAAAGAACAAAAAAAUGGAGACCUUUCAUUUUUAGAAAAAGUGGACAGCAAAACUAAUAAAGAUCUAGAACGUUCUAUGAAAGAACUUCAAGCAACUCAUGCAGAAACAGUACAAGAACUUGAAAAGACAAGAAAUAUGUUAAUUAUACAACAUAAAAUCAAUAAAGACUAUCAGAUGGAAGUUGAAGCAGUGACUCAGAAGAUGGAAAAUUUGCAGCAAGAUUAUGAACUCAAAGUGGAACAAUAUGUUCAUCUUCUUGAUAUCAGGGCUGCACGCAUCCAAAAGCUUGAAGCCCAGUUAAAAGAUAUUGCCUAUGGCACUAAGCAGUACAAAUUUAAACCAGAAAUCAUGCCAGAUGACUCUGUUGAUGAAUUUGAUGAAACCAUCCACCUAGAACGAGGAGAAAAUCUAUUUGAAAUCCACAUCAGCAAAGUCUCGCUUUCUUCUGAAGUCCUGCGGGCAUCUGGGGAUAAAGAGCCUGUUACUUUCUGUACCUAUGCUUUCUAUGACUUUGAGCUCCAGACAACUCCCAUAGUGCGAGGCCUUCACCCAGAAUAUAACUUCACUUCUCAGUAUGUUGUCCAUGUCAGUGACUUAUUUUUGCAGUACAUUCAGAAGAACACUGUUACUCUGGAGCUCCACCAAGCCUACAGCACAGAUUAUGAAACAGUUGCAGCAUGUCAAUUGAGAUUCCAUGAGAUUCUAGAAAAAAAUGGUCGAAUAUUUUGCACAGCAAGUUUAGUUGGAACUAAAGGAGACAUCCCAGAUUUUGGCACAGUAGAAUACUGGUUCCGAUUAAGAGUUCCCAUGGAUCAAGCAAUUCGACUUUAUCGAGAGCGGGCAAAGGCAUUAGGAUAUAUAACAUCAAAUUUUAAGAAGCCAGAGAAAGUGCAAUUGUUGAGUCAGCAGGCACCCACAACUGCUCAGAUCAGUUCAACAGAUUCCACAGAUGGCAACUUAAAUGAACUUCACAUUACAGUAAGAUGUUGCAGCAACCUCCAAUCCCGAGCAAGCCACCUGCAGCCACACGCAUAUGUUGUGUACAAGUUUUUUGAUUUUCCAGACCAUGAUACAGCCAUCAUUCCCAGUAGCAACGAUCCACAAUUUGAUGACCAUAUGUGUUUCCCAGUGCCAAUGAGUAUGGAUUUGGAUCGAUACCUUAAGUCAGAGUCUCUGAGUUUUUAUGUGUUUGAUGAUAGUGAUACCCAGGAGAAUAUUUACAUAGGAAAAGUCAAUGUGCCUCUGAUUUCCCUGGCACAUGACAGGUGUGUCUCAGGGAUAUUUGAGUUAAUGGAUAAUGAAAAGCAUGCUGCAGGAACCAUCCAAGUUAUAUUGAAAUGGAAAUUCACCUACCUUCCACCAAGUGGAUCAAUAAGUACUGAAGACCUAGGGAAAUUCAUAUGCAGAGAAGAGCCAGAGGCUGUGCAGAGACUACCUCCAGCAUCCUCGGCCCCUACGUCAGUGGCACCAAAACCUAAACCAAGACAACGUUUAACACUUGUGGACAAAAAGGUCUCUUUUGUGGAUACCAUGCCGCACCUGAGUCCUGAGACUUCUCCUCCUCCUAACGAUACAAAGGACAGUUCCCCAGAAGUGGCACAUACACCAGAGACAGAAAACAGUACGCCAGCUGAUACAUACACUUCCAAGUGUGCUUCUCCUCUGCAUGUUUCACAGGAAAGCAGUUUGGCUGAGGUAGAAGAAAACAUGGAGAAAAUGCAGCAAGGAAAAGACAAUGACAUCUCUUUCCUAUCUGAGGGUCAGCUUGCAUCACAAAGUGUGGCUUCCUCUGAAGAUGAAACAGAAAUAACGGAAGAACUGGAGCCAGAAGAUGAAGACAGAUCAGCUUCAGACAGUGAUGACUGUGUCAUUCCCAGUUCAGUCGCCAAGAACACCAAUAAGCCAUCAGAGGAAAUUCGGAUUGAGAUCAUAGCUCUGAGCCUUAACGAUUCUCAGGUAAGCAGGGAUGACACCAUCCAGCGGCUGUUCAUUGAGUGCCGGUUCUACAGUCUUCCUGCUGAAGAGACUCCUAUGUCACUGCCCAAACCCAAGAGUGGGCAGUGGGUCUACUAUAACUAUACCAACGUGAUCUACCUGGAUAAAGAAAAUAACCCAGCGGAGAGAGGCAUCUUAAAAGCCAUACUGCAAAGGCAAGAACUGCCAUACCGAAGUGUGCGCUUCACCGUGGUCAGUGAUCCUCCCGAGGACGAGCAGGACCUGGAGUGUGAGGACGUCGGCAUUGCUCAUGUUGACCUCGUUGAUGUGUUUCAGAAAGGGAGAGACAUCAUUGAGCAGGAUAUUGAUGUUCUUGAUGCCCGGGCAGAUGGGGGCAGCAUCGGCAAGCUGAAGGUGACUGUGGAAGCACUUCAUGCCCUACGGUCUGUCUACCAGCAAUACAGAGAGGACUUGGGGCCUUGAAAGAAACUGUUCCAGAGGAAUCGUACUUCUGAGAAAAUGCUCACGUGAAAGCUUCAGGGUGAGAUUUUGAGUAAUCACUCUGGUGUGUGUAAUCUAUAAUUCAUAGGGAGUCUGGAGGGAGUGCCUGGGUUUAGGCUUGAAUGUUCAAGUUUUAUAUGGUUUGUUUGUUUGUUUGUUUGUUUGUUUGUUUGUUUGUUUUUCUCUCCCCUCCUCCCCAUGACUGCCACCCUUGGGACUUCAGUGCUCCUAAGUGAGCCGCCUUCUCAAUAAUUUAUAUCAACAUGAUAGCAUGAAACAUCUAUUUGCAUUUGCAACGUUUUCUUAUGAGUAACUGGGAGUAGUCCCAUUUUUAUUUUUCGUAAGUAAAAGCCUAAAAUCUUAGGAAACCAAGGAGAAGAAAUACUUUUUAUGUUAUCCCUAAUCAUCCCACUAAAUGGAAACCCUCUGAUUACCCUCAUUAAGACUUUUACACUGUGAAGACUUUAUUAGAAGCAAUAUAUGAAAAUUACUUGGAUUAAUGUGUUAAUCUUCCUCUUUAAAAUGCUAAUAUCCACUUUAUGCACAUUAAAGCUCAGUAUGCAUUUUCUUUGAUGCAUGCAGUUUCUAUCAAUUAAAUAUAAAGAAGGAGACUUGGCACCAACUUAUUAAAUUACUCCCAGGUUUUGUUUGGUUUGUUUUGAUUUGUUUUUUCAUAAAAACUGUAGUUGUUCCAGGUAAUAUGGUAUUAG